ACAGCUACCGCUGAAAGAAGGCAGGGGGACUGAGCCAUGGAGCUCAGCAUCGUUCUCCUCCUUGCUGUCCUUACGGGACUCCUGCUCCUGCUGGCCAGGGGCCACCCUAAGGCUCAUGGCCGCCUCCCGCCAGGGCCCCGACCUCUGCCCUUCUUGGGGAAUAUUCUGCAGAUGGACAGAAGAGGCUUGCUCAAAUCCUUCCUCAGGCUUCGAGAGAAAUAUGGGGAUGUCUUCACUGUGUACCUGGGGCCAAAGCCCGUGGUCAUGCUAUGUGGGAUAGAUGCCAUACGGGAGGCCCUGGUGGACCAAGCUGAGGCCUUCUCCGGCCGGGGGAAGAUCUCUAGUGUAGAGCGAAUCUUCCACGGAUACGGUGUGAUCUUCGCCAAUGGUGAACGCUGGAAGCUUCUUCGGCGAUUCUCUCUGUCCACCAUGAGGAACUUCGGGAUGGGGAAGCGGAGUAUAGAGGAACGCAUUCAGGAGGAGUCUCGGUGUGUGGUGGAGGAGCUGCGGAAGACCCAGGGAGCCUUCCAGAACCCCACCUUCCUCUUCCACUCCAUGACGGCCAACAUCAUCUGCUCCAUUGUCUUUGGAAAACGCUUUAGCUACAAAGAUCCCAAAUUCCAGCGACUGCUGGACUUGUUCUACCGGACCUUCACCCUCAUCAGCUCCUUCUCCAGCCAGGUGUUCGAGCUUUUCUACACCUUCUUGAAGUACUUUCCAGGCACACACAGGCAAAUCUACAAAAACGCCCAAGAAAUCAUGACCUUCAUUGAGGACGCCGUGGAGAAGCACCGGGAAACCCUGGACCCCAGCGCCCCCCAGGACUUCAUCGAUGCCUACCUGAUUCGCGCGGACAAAGAGAAGUCCGACCCCCACAGCGAGUUCGACCACCGGAACCUCAUCUGCACGGUGCUCUCUCUCUUCUUUGCCGGCACGGAGACCACCAGCACCACGCUCCGCUAUGGCUUUCUAAUCAUGCUCAAGUACCCUCACAUCACAGAGAGAGUCCACAAGGAGAUUGACCAGGUGAUUGGCCCACACCGCCUUCCAGCCCUUGACGACCGAGCCAAAAUGCCAUACACUGACGCGGUCAUCCACGAGAUUCAGAGAUUCAGUGACCUCCUCCCCAUUGGCUUGCCCCACAUGGUCACCAAGGACACUCACUUCAGAGGGUACUUCAUGCCCAAGGGCACUGAAGUGUUUCCCAUCCUGCACUCUGCUCUCAGUGACCCGCAUGACUUUGAAAACCCGGCAGCCUUCAACCCUGACCACUUUCUGGAUGCCAGUGGGGCACUGAAGAAGAAUGACGCUUUUAUCCCCUUCUCCAUGGGGAAGCGCAUCUGUCUUGGUGAAGGCAUUGCCCGCAUGGAAUUAUUCCUCUUCUUCACCACCAUCCUCCAGAACUUCUCUGUGACCAGCCCUGUGGCCCCUGAGGACAUCGACCUCACACCCCAGGAGAGUGGCAUAGGCAGAGUGCCCCCCGUCUACCAGAUCAGCUUUCAGUCCCGCAGAGGGGACUGAGGGAAGGGCCUCAGUGGAUUCCAGGAUCGUGAUGUAAUCCUGCCUCUGCAAAGGCCAGUUCCUUGACUCGCUCUGGGUCUUCCUGCUGCUGAGAGACCCACAAAGCAAGCCUGUGUCUUCCCCUCCUUGGUUGCUGCCUCAGUGGGAGAGUCCUUCCUGCAGCCUUGUCUCCUGCCAUCACUCUGCAGCUUGCAUAGACUUAUGGCAGUGUCCUUUCCUCUGUUAACAGAGUUCCCAGUGUGGUGUAAAUAUAGAAGCCGGGGGCUAAGACGGGAGACUUGGCUCAGAUGCUCUUUGCACUUCCGCCUCCCAGGCCACGGCUUCCCCCCUACCUCUCCCUUCCUCAGAGCAUCCACAACCUCCCUUUAGGAACCAUUUAUGCUCCAUGAUCUGUGCAUCCAGAUCCAGUGAUCUCACUGGAAUCCUUCCAAUAGCCCCAUGGGGUGGGUAUGAUGAUCGUGCCCAUUUUACAGAUGAGCAAACAAAGGCCAGACAAUGGCAUCAGUGGUCUGAAGUCAUAUCCUUUGGCUAGGAGUGAAGGAACAAGAUUCACACUGUCUCCCUGGCUCUCGAACUCAAAUUCUUCACCCAGCUGCAGCCCUCUCCCAAUAUAUUUUUAAAUUACUGUGAAAUUCAUGUAACACAAAACUGUUUUAAUUUUUAAAAAACAUUCAUUUAUUUUUGAGAGAGAGACAGAAUGCGAGCAGUGGGAGGGCAGAGAGAAAGGGAAUCUGAAUCAGGCUUAGAGCCUGACUCAGGGCUUGAACUCACAGACUGCAAGAUCAUGACCUGAGUAAAAGUAGGAUGCUUAACCAAAUGAGCCACCCAGAUGCCCCAGAACUUAAUGUUUUAAAGUGUAUGAUUUGGUGGCAGUGGCUCGUUCACAAUGUUGUGCAACCACCAUCUAGUUGCAAAUAGUUUCAUCACCCAAGAAGAAAACUCCAUACCCAUUAGCAGCCACUCCUAUUCCCCCUUCCCCUCAUCCUCUGGCAACCACCAAUCUGCUUUUGGUCUUUAUGUAUUUGCCUGUUCCAUGUAUUUCAUGUAAAUGGAAUCAUACAACAUAU